AUGGAGCAGAUGUCUCAAAUGUGGGGACCUCAAAUGUUUGCUGGAUGUGUCGAUUUGCAUGCUGAUGCCAAACAAAUUGUGGAAACCGCGUGGGAAGACUACAUAAGCAUGAAGAAGGCCAUUCCAUGCGCCAGCACAAUCAGUACGGUGCUGAUUCCACGCAGCGAGACGGAGCUGGACCAACCAGAGCCCUCACCAGGCACUGCAGGCACCGUUCAGCCUCCCGUUGGUGUUACUUCCAAUGUGAAGUACACGUAUCUGCUGCCAGCCCAUCCAUCCAGUGUCCGCCGAGUCGGUGUUGUGGCCGGCCCGGUUCUAUUGGCCCGACCACAUGUGGUCUACAGAUUGCCCGAAUGUCCUGCAUUCAAUGUGGCAACACGGUCGACGGCGAGCGCCAAAUGGUGUGCGCUGUCGAUGAGCAGCGGGAUGAGGCGGGAUGAGACUGUGGCUGCUGACCACGCAGCGAAUGCCGCCACAAGGUGCUGA